UGCCUGUUCCUCAAGACCGACAGGCAUCACAUAUUAGCAUGUACUGUGUUCAAGUUGUUCUGGUGAAGCGUAUCUUGGGGGGGGGGGAGGAUGGAUGAAAGUGGGCUGUAAUGACGAUGUUGCCUGCGCAGAGCAGGGUUGUAUCCUCUGGCGAUAUUGCUAACGGACGUAUGAACAUGUAGGUGCGGUCAAGUGGAUAUGAGUAAGCGAGCACCGAUUUCUGACCAACUAUCCCUUCAUCGAAACGGGUCUACCUAACCUUAUAACCACAACUGGGAAGAGAAAGUGACGGUCGGCCUCAACUUGGGUUAGCGCUUCAAGCUUCACUGAGAGUGGUCGCCUAUCACCAUGAUCGAUAGUUGCAAUAGCAGAUGGCAGCUUAACCACGAACCACGCAGUCAGUCGAGUGGUAAAGUAUCUAGGCCCAACUAAUAUUGUCCAUAGCUAUUGAGGAACCCAGGAACGUGCCUGCGAGUGCGAUGGAUACGAAACUGCCGCAGGAAUUGAUAGAUUACAUCAUCGACUAUCUCCAUGGCGAGAAAACCUCUCUUCUGUGGUGCUCUCUUGUUGGCAAGGCAUGGACUGCUUCGUCCCACUACCACCUUUUCCAUACAAUUUCCUUUGACUACCCUAUGACGAAUUUGCCUGGCCAGUGCUCGGCUUUCGCAGCCCUCCUCGUUCAUACUCUCGAUGCCUUCCUCACGUCACACUUGACCAAACGUAUUCGUCAUUACGUUCGAGAGUUACAUCUGAAAGCCAGGGAAUAUACAUUCGAAGUUGGUCCGGCUCUUAGAGCCCUCCCGUUGUCGGUCUUGCAAUCCGUUUUUGAUCAACUUCCUUCCAUGCACACACUCGAGUUGGACGGCAUCAAUCCUCCAAAUCCCUCCGAGUACCUUGGUCAACAACACACUAGACCAAAACUUCGCACCCUUCGAUUGCUCGACCAAAGCUAUCAACCCCACUUCACGUCCCUCCUGAGCUUUAUCGAGCAAAUAGAUCUUCUGAAGGUGUCCGCAGCUGUGUGGCUCAUGCGUCAAGGUCCUGCCACAUUUGAAAAUUGGUUCCUCGGACCUCGUCCGCACAUAAUAGCGCUCAGAGUCUUCGAAGUGUCUGCCGCGUUUCUCAAUGAAGAUGAAAUGAAUGCUAUAGGGUCAUUCAUCAGCGCUUCCAGAGAUACACUUGAGCAUUUGUGCAUCUCGCUGAUCGCAAUUACACUUCCAGACACGUUGUCAGACCUCUCGUCAAUGUCCAGAUACAACAUAUCCUCUUGCACCAAGCUUAUCGAAUUCAACGUUAUUCUUGGUAUUGCUGUGUUUCCCGCAGCAUUCUCUGCAUCGAGUACAGCAUGGAAAUGCACUACCGAGUUAUUUUUGAAACUCACUCCUCAUAUACGUCGAAUAACCGUCAAACUUUCUGGAUUCAGACAUCGAUACUCAUAUUCUCCGGAUCCCAUCGGAAUCAUGGAGGCGUGCGAUUGGCAGUGCUGGGAUCAGCUCUUCAGGACUUUUGAAGAGUUGGAGAUGAUCACUUUCUCAGAUGUAGAGAACGGACACCGGCUCCCAGAUGACAUCAGGCACUUUGUCAUAGCCCAUUUGCCAGUGACACAUGCUGCUGGACAGUUACGAAUAUGAUGCAUUCUUGUUCCUCUUAUGGUAAGCACGAAGCCCUUGAUGUGUCGAUGUUGAUGGUAUUAUUAAUUUCAGAGACAUUGUUCCUCUAUACUUGCCUUCAUGAGGCGCGGUAGUGUUAGGCCAUACAAUUCGUCUGUAUCUUUAGACAACCUAGAACGCAAGUUAUCGUACACUUAUCAAUCACAAAUUGUACAUUGUUAUCAUGCUGUUC